AUGCCAAACGAAAACAGGAAACGAGGGAAGAAGCAUAAGAAAACGCAGGAACAUAGCCAACCUUCCCGCGACACUGGCAGCACCGAUCAUGCACCCCAGAAUUCCGAACGACCGUCAUGGAUAGUCCCUGCACAAGAAUCGGAGGAGGACCACUCGGAGGCACCAUUUGGUUAUGUAGACCCUGACAUCAAGGCGUAUUUCAGAACCGUCGAUGACCAAAUCCGAACUUGGCAGCAGGAGAGACCUUAUGAGGAGGAUCAAGCCGCAGACCUCGAUCCCAAUGAAGCAAAACGGAUAUUCCUGGUUGCCGCACUUACUGAAAUGUCUGAAAAAGAGAAACAACUGGCGACUGACCCGGAUUGUUCUGUUGUUUUAGAACGCAUGGCGUACUCCAUGGAUGACUUUGUUCGAAGGGUGUUUUUGGAUAGUUUGAGCGGAUCAUACGAGGCGCUCAUCAAACAUCGUUUUGCUUCGCAUGUCUGUCAAACACUGUUCACAGUAGCAGCGGACACCGUCACGCGCGAAACCAAGGGCAUAUAUCCAUCUGUCGCCGAUUCCAAGGACAAGGGUGAACUGCGAACUCUGACACGCCUUAUCUUGGACAUAUGUGAGGAACUCACACCUGUCUUCACGUCCCUUGUAAUGGACCCUUUUGCCUCGCAUGUUCUCCGUGCUCUGCUACUUUUGUUAUCUCCCUCAAGUUCUGCUACAAGUCAUAAAGCACAGUCAAACAUGCGGUCGAAGAAAAGCAGUGCAUGGAAGGCCCGUCAGGGUACCAUGAAAUCUGUAUUCGCUGACAAUAAGAGUCACGAUCAUGUUAAUUCUACUCGAUCGGUUCCGAAGGAAUUUCACGAUGCUGCUACCAGGUUUGUACGCGUCCUAAAGAGCGAACUCAGCGACAACGAGGUCCGCGCAUUGGCUGCCAAUAAAGUAGCCAGCCCGUUACUCCAGCUUAUCCUUGAGGUUGAAGCCGAUCAUGGUGAAUCUUCAUUGCCCGACUCUCUCAUGGAUCGUGUCCUGGUCGGGAUUAUCACACUCUGUCACAGAAACCCUGAUGAACAACUGGAGGCGUCUGACUAUCUUGUCACGCUUCUUCGAGACCCGACUUCCUCUCAUUUACUGGAAACGAUGGUUUCCCGUUGUCCUGAUCCCGCGUUUACGGUGCUCUGGGCGACUUACUUCCGGGGGAAGCUUGCGAGGCUAGCUACACACCCCGUGGCUAACUUUGUGGUAGCCAAAGCUGCAGAGAGGUUAAAUCCCGCGCAGUUGAAAGUUGCUCUUGAGGAGCUCGAGAGCUCGUGGAGUAAGGUCAUUGCAUCGGCAAGAACUGGAGUGUUACGCGCCAUGAUCGAUAGAGCAUGCAAACUUCGUGUUCACGAAACGGAUAUCUGCCAGGCUGUUUGCAGUACGUUUGAGCUAUUGGAACCGAAGGAUCGUAAUCACCUCGUGUCAUGUGUACUGGUUCUAAAGCCUCUUCGGGAAUACAUGGCACCAGGGCCUACAAAACACAGCUCAGAAGAUGCGCAGAAAAGCUCGAAAAAAGGAAACAUGGAUGAUUCGAAGGAAUCAAAAGUCCAAGGUGCCUUAAUUCUGCAAAGUUUACUUCGACUCAGUGAACCACAUUGCAUGAUUGUUACCGAGAGCAUCAAGUCCCUCCCCACAGAAGAUCUGAUCUUAUUAUCUCACAAUCCGAUAAGCUCUAGGGUUAUAGACGUACUCUUUGAGUCCGAAACUGUGCCUUUUAAAGUGAAACGCACUUUCGUCAUGUCCCUCAUCGGCCAUUACCACACGUUGGUUGAUGACCGAAUAGGAAGCAGAGUGGGUGAUAGGUGUUGGGCUUUCGCUGAUCCAUAUUUAAGAGAAAAAAUCGCGCGCUCUCUUAUAGUGCACGAACAGUUUCUUGCAGCGUCUUAUUUUGGAAAAUACUUCGCUCGAAACAUCAAUUUAUAUCUUCUACAACGACGGCCGGAGGAAUGGAGAGAAUUGCAAUCACAGAGCAAAUCAAGCUCUGGACCAAUUACAUCACCCUCAUCUCUUCCUUCAGCGCCCUCUCAGGCAGCGCAAAGGCCAAACUCUAAUGAUGCCGAGGUCUCUCAUCUUUCCAAGUCAUCCAAGAAACGACGAAGCCGGCCUGAAGACGAGAUCGACGCUGUAUUCAACGCAAGUCUGGGAACGAAGGUCAAGCGAACUGCCGUCAGUGCGACCGACAGCUCUGAGAAAUUAGUUGUGCAAAAUUCAAUGGAUCAGGGUCUACAGGAUGUUCUGGGAGCGAUACGAGCGGCUCCGGGUGACGAUAGUAGCCGUGGGAAGAGGCAGAGGAAGUGUUGA